CUGUCACCGAUCGACCGAAAACAGCUUUUUGACAGAGGAUGAGCGCGGAGAAAAUUUCAUCUCAUUCGCCAAUCGCACCCCACUGCAAAAGCGCAUAAAUUGCGUACCUUUGUACGGGCUAAUCCGCGCUUCGAGUAAGCAGGACAGUGUUCAAGUGGUGCACAUUUUUGCGUCAAUUACUUCGCCCGCGGAAGGUCAACGCUACACGCGACACAGUCACGGUCUCUUCAGCCAGCAUGAUAGGGCGAGUUUGACUACCACAGUACUUUAGCCAGAAAGUGAUUGCUGCGACUGUGAUUGUACUACCAGUGUGCCCACUACUCCCGACUACCAUACCAAAGCCACCACAGUCAACAAUGUCCCAGUCGAAGCUGAAGCAGGUGUUUAGCUACCAAUCCUGGGUACACGCGGUGUCCGGAUCGGCGGGUAGCGUGAUUGCGAUGUCGGCCUUCUAUCCGCUGGACACCGUACGCAGCCGUUUACAGUUGGAAGAACCGGAACGGCGCAAAGCACUCAGCACGUGGCGCAUCCUGCGCAAUCUGAUCGAUGAGGAAGGGUUUGAAACGCUCUACCGUGGUCUCGUACCAGUGCUGGAAAGUCUGUGCAUCUCCAACUUUGUCUACUUCUACACCUUCCACAGUCUGAAAGCGUUACGGGGCGGAGGCAGCCAAUCGGCCCUCGGUGAUCUCCUGCUCGGUUCGCUGGCCGGCGUGGUGAACGUGCUGACCACCACUCCCUGCUGGGUUGUGAACACACGGCUCAAGAUGAAAGGGCUCGGUCAGCACGCGAAACGCAGCGGGAGCCACACUGGCAGCGAUGUGCAGUACAACGGGCUUAUCGAUGGCCUUCAGUACAUCGCACGCACGGAAGGUGUUCGGGGGUUGUGGGCCGGUGCGAUACCGUCCCUCAUGCUCGUCAUCAAUCCUGCCAUCCAGUUUAUGGUUUACGAAGCGCUCAAACGUCGCCUCACGGCGGCCGGCACCGGUAAAACACCGUCCGCAAUAACGUUCUUCAGCAUCGGAGCGGUCGCAAAGAUGAUCGCCACCGUGCUAACCUACCCGUUGCAGCUUGUGCAGACUAAGCUACGGCACGGGAACAGUGAUCGGAGUCUGAACCUGCCGCCCGACGUGGACACGGUGCAGAUGCUGCUGAUCAUCUUGAAGCGACAGGGCGUGGCUGGGCUGUUCCGUGGCCUGGAGGCAAAGCUGCUGCAAACGGUUCUAACCGCAGCGCUCAUGUUUAUGGCGUACGAAAAAAUUGCACGCUUCGUCACGUCGCUGCUGCUCUCGUCCAAAGGAGGCGCGGCUGCCGUACGGCAUUGAUCCGCAUUACCAUCGUCACCGUAACCGGUAUUCCAAAGGGCUUUAUCCACCUUUCUCUGUCUCUCUCUCUCCCACUCUCCGCCAUACCCUCCCUUUUCGGGUAAUUAUUUGCUUGCUUAGGGAUACACAUGGAUUAAGGUGUAUUUGGGCGCGCGCUCUACCCAUCGUAGUCUAGUCUAUGACGAACAAAGUUUCAUAUUUUAUAUUUGUUCAUUACAUUCGGCAUUCACUGUCCUUUCAAACUGUGAUGAUAGUAAUCGUCCCUUUACUGACCACAUUCCUGCAUGACCACUUUAUUUAAUUCCUUUUUAAUGAUACUUUACUUUCGUUCGUUUUUUUAAUUGUGUGGCAUUUAUGUGUAUUUUUUUGGUUGAGGAGCUUUACGAUGGGUGUUCCAGCGUAAAGAUUGACUACGCGUAUAAGUUUACGCCUGCGUAGCGUAUAAGUAGAUUACGGCCAAAGCAAAACAAAAAACGCAGUGGGCAUGGGAUAACAUGGUUGAUGGAAUGGAAAUAAAACAAACAAAUGACAUUAAAGAUUCUUUGGUAGAUGA